AAAUUGUUUUGUGUUGUGACUUCCUCUUGACACCUGACGCAAUACAUCAGAGAAGGGUGUGGUGUCACAUUGGAUGCUGGAUGUGACUAUGUGGCACUUUUCUUGACACUUCGGGUGCUGAUCGAUUUCUAACAGUAUUGAAGUGGAAUUUUUUAUUAGGCUUAGAAAAACCAGACAUGUGAAUGUUCAAGAGGAAGUCUACCAAAGGUUUUACUGAAGUUGUUUUCAUCUGAAGCAAAUCCUCACAUUUCUUGGAUAUGGACACUUUGGCAUCAAUCUUCCAAUCAAAAGACUGAAGAAAGUGAAUCUCAUAUUGCUGAAAUUUAUGACCCACCUGCCUACAUAAUGAACUUUGAUCAUGCAGAAUUAGUUUGAAUGUAGUCGGUGAAGCCAGUAAAAUUGGAAGAAGUUGUAUAUUGUGUUUUUUAUAACGCCACCACACCCAGCCUUUACCCUGUCUGAUGCAAUAACGGAAUGAAGAGAGUGAUGGCUAAUAACCUGGACCUCAGUUUCCUCACAGAAGAUGAGUAUCAGGCAGUCCUGAAAGUAAUUCAGAGGGAUUCUGAACUCAAGCAAAAGGACAGUGAACGAAUUAGGACAGUACAGAAAUCCAUUCAAGAUGAAAAGCGAAGGAAACUUGUUACUGGACAGUGGUUUGAUGAGGUUAAAGCAAAACGAUACAGGAAUGCUUUACUUGGAGUGGAUCUGAUCAAGGCCUCGAUAAGAGAGGAAAAACCCAUUAAGCAUGAGACUACUGAAAAGACUGAACAACAGCAAGUUCAUCAGGCUCAAUCGUGUCCCCACCCAACACUGCCUCAAGCUGCAAAAUAUGAAACUACAAGUGUUGCAACUGAUGAAGCUACUGAAGAACCUCCAGAUGAGGUAGAAAAAGACAAAGCAAAACGACAAAUUAAACCAAAGUCAACAUUCGGACAAGAAAUUCAGAGGACGUCACAAAAUGGUUCUUGGGAAAGCGGCAGUGAUGACUCAAGUACUGUACGAGUUGCUCCAGAAACACUUGGAAAGGGCCGGCAAAGAGAUUUUACAGGACCUAAUGUAUCCACUUCAAUAUCUGAGUCUACUUCAGAUUGGCAGAAUCAAACCAAGAGUAUGAGUAUUCAGCAUCCACAAACCUACCAGACACCUAGAUGUUCUGACAAAUCCACCCACUUACAGUCCAAUGUUUCUCGAAUACCAAGGAGAAUUAACUCUGUGGGUACUUCAGGAGACUUGUGCAGGACUGGGGAACCAGCAUCGUCAAAUGCCAAUAUCUUAGAGCAGGCCCACUUAAGUGGUCAGCACAGAACCCCUGCAGUCUCCAGAAUAGAAUCUCCCACUGGAGGACGGGUUCUAGACCAAACAAAACAAGACAAUGUAGCUGUCUUGAGACACCAAGACACUACAGAAGCCCACUUGUCUACUGAGAUUAGGGAGCCAACACCUGCUUCAGUUGAUUGCAGCACACAGGUUCCAAGAGCACAGAAUCGUUUAGAGUUUACAGAAGAACCAUGGAAGGCUCCAGAAAAGUCUGAGCACAGUAAUGUGAAUGGUCAAGGACUUUUCACAGUCACUACUGUAGCAUCCCCAGUGCAGGAGAAUGUCCUGGACAUGCAGAAACCAAAGAAGACUGUUACUGUUCAUUAUAAAGGGGCACCAACCUACCAGAUCCCAGCAAAUGGUGACAAAAAGAAAACUGUUUCCUCAAGCAUUACCCACAUUCCAAAAUGGAAGAACCGUUCCAAGGAAAGUGAAGCAGUAUCUGCUGAGAAACUUGAAGAUGUAGCUUCUGAGCCAGUAGGUUCACAAGAAUUACCUGCAGCCAUUGCUAAUGAAGACCAACAAACCCACCAACCACUUGAAAGACUGAAUCUAUCACCAACAUCACGAAUUCCAAGGCUUAAAAAUGCCUUAGAAACAACAGGUGAAAAUUCAAAUGCACCUGUUGAAGAUCUGAAACAAUCAAGUAAAGAAUUGCCAGGUAAGAACAGAACUGCUGAAGUGACUGACCAAGGAAAGGCUGCCUUCCAACCUACUUCCAGAAUAGUUAAAUAUCAGUCAUCUUCUUCUGAUGAUGAGGGAGAGAAAGGUCAUAAACCAGGUGCUGUGUUCACCAUAAGUGCCUUGAGUAAUAAGCAUUCUGAAGAGGAAGGACUCACUGAUCCCAGCCAUUUUAAAAACCUGAAGCAUUUUUGGGAAAAAGGAGUUGAUUCCAACAAAGGAAACAAUGAUACUUCCAAAAUUCCAUUCAGAAAAGUUAGAUCACCAGAUCACAGAAGCAGCCCAACUGAAAUGAAACAUUUUGCAGAGGCUGAAUCAAAUUCCAAUUUGCUAUCCAGGGAAAGUCUUCCAACCAGUAACACUUCUAAAUUGGAACUACGGGGAAACUUGUCAGGUCCUUAUUCCUCUGAGGAAGAGGAAAAAGUUGUUCAGUUGACUAGAACUAGCAAGUUGACUCCUGUUCCUGCUCCAAGAACCAAAACAACCAUCAAAGUGGAAAAGAAUGAUGCCUUGGUGACUAACUGGGUUGAAUACCCCAAAGCAAAUACAUCCAUUGAUGAAGCAUCCAAAACAUUUGUCCAGAGAACUUGCAGCAGCGAUGAUCAGGCCAAAGACCACAUUGUUCCAGAAUCCAUUGAACAUGGAAAACCCACAACCGCAAGGUUGUCCAGUAACUCCAGUUCAGAUGAAUCUUUGCCUGUCAUGAAAAACAAUCAAAAUGCAUCUGUCGACGUUGUGGAGGAAACUGUAAAAGAAAAGGUUCUUCCACCAAAAGAGGAUGCGAGAAAGGAGAUGCAUAAAAAACUGAAGAAAUUGGCAGCCGAAUCAGCCUUGUAUGAUCCAGCCUCCGUUACGCACACAACUGCAAUAAAUGCUGAUGAUGACAUUUGCAAGGUGAGCCAAAAACAUUUUGACAGUAGUUGCAAGCAAGAGAUCAAGACAUCUUUGGAAAGUGGCAUAAUAAACCUCCAAGAAGAAUGUCUUCCUUUUCCAAAGGAUAAAAAGGAAACCACAUCAAACUUUGUGUCAACAUUGGACCCAGAAGCUGUUCCAGUAAAAAAUGAGUUGGUCGACAAUUGUCAGGUAGAAGGCCUGGUGAAUAGGUUACCUGAUAUUUAUGUAAUUGAACCUGAUACCACUGGGAACUGUAAUAAGCUCAUGAUGCCGAGAAGUGUAAGUGAAGAAUCAACAAAAUUCUGCAAGAAGGCACAUUCUGGAGAUACAGAGGUGCAAACAUCAUCUACGGAAGAGCUCCAGUGUGCAGUCAGUUUGCCCCCUGUAGUGGAUAAGGAACCUCUGGCCCUCACUGAUACAUACAACAACGAUGAUAACCUAACAAGAAAUGCAGUAAAUAGAAGUUGCAGAAGUCCAGAGAAGCACCCUUCAAAUGUUGUUCACUGUAUGGAUGAUUCGGAGAGUAACACUGAUUUUCAGAGGAUAGAAUCAGGACCUACUUAUGGAUUGUCCCCUGUUAUGAGGGCUUUAGCCAGAGCCAGGAAGUCUAAUGCUAAGAGCAUGGACAAUCUCAGCUCUACUCUGGACAGAGAAACAAUCACUUCCUUGGUGAAUGAGAAUGAAACAAGAGGAGAUGGCAGUGAUCAAUCAUCAACUGAUGACAAGCCACCUGUAAUAAAGACUCCAGUCUUGGAGCAUGCCAGGGUGAAGGAGCUGAGCAAGUCUGUACCUAUGCUGAUAUCUGAGAGUGAAUCUGAUUCAGCUUCAGAGAUCAGCUUCAACAUUGGAUGGCACAGGAAGACUCCAAGUGAUGCCAGCCAUUCUUCAGAUAUGGCAUCGGUAUCUUCGGUGAGUGGAAGCAUCAUGAGUGUUUACAGUGCUGAUUUUGGAAGCAUUGAUGCCCAGGGGUCAGUUCAGUUUGCUUUGGAUUACAAUGAGAAGAAUAAGGAGUUCCAAAUCUAUGUGAGUCAAUGUAAGGACCUAGCAGUGGUGGAUGAGAAGAAGGGUCGAACUGAUGCGUAUGUAAAGACCUACUUGCUUCCAGAUAAGGCACGCAUGGGUAAGAGGAAGACCUCUGUCAAGAAGAGAAACACUAAUCCACUCUACAAUGAAAUAUUGAAGUAUAAAAUUGAGAAGAGCGUUCUCCUAAUCCAAAAACUUAAUUUGUCUGUCUGGCAUAACGACACACUGGGCCGGAAUAGUUUUCUGGGAGAGGUGGAUCUGGACUUGGCCAGUUGGGAUUGGAGUAAUCGAGAACUGAACUGGUAUCUUCUAAAAUCGAGGAUUCCCGCAGUGGGAGUUGGAGUAGACCACAGGGGGGAAAUAAACCUCGCCAUCAAAUAUAUCCCGCUGGGCAGCUUAGGCACUGGGGAUCCACCUACUGGAGAGGUGCACAUCUGGAUGAAAAAUGCCAGGGACUUGCCACAGCUGCGAUCAUCAGGAGUAGAUUCAUUUGUGAAAUGUUAUGUGCUCCCUGACACAAGUAAGAAGAGCUACCAGAAGACCCGGAUUGUGAAAAAGGACAUCAAUCCAAUUUAUAAUCAUACCAUUGUAUAUGAUGGUUUCAGAACAGAGGAUCUUAAGGAAGUUUGUGUUGAGCUGACAGUCUGGGACCAUGAAAAACUGACCAAUCAUUUUCUGGGUGGACUCCGGCUGGGCCUUGGUACAGGAUAUAGUUAUGGAAUCCCAGUAGAAUGGAUGGACUCUACAGAAGAAGAGGCAGUUCUCUGGCAAGAAAUGAUGUCCAAUCCAAAUGAAUGGAUCCCAGGCUCCCUGGCACUUCGAUCUCGACUGGGAGGCAAGAAGUUUAAAUGAAAUAGCACCUUGUGCGAAACAAAAAGACAUUUUAGGAUCUUUAUUGCCGAAGAGUCACGGAUUAAAUACUAAUGUUGCACUUAAUGGGUUCAAUAACAUGAAUCAAGAGAAAGGUUUCCAAUAUAUUUUCCUUCUGAUAGGACUGAAUUUAUUGUCCUUGCUUACAUGAACCUUGAAUUCUAUUUACAGAAAUCCAUUCAAAUGCUUAAGCAAGUAAUUCUAUUUCAAUGUGCCUGGUAUUCCAAUAUUGAUAUUUCCAUAGGUACUUUCUCAGGAACCACUUUCUUGUUGCAUUUCACCACCUCUCCAUUGAAUGUAGGCUUCACUAUCACUUUGGAAGCAUAAUAACAUGAAACAUAGGCUAUUGGUUUGAACUACUGCUUUUCUGAAGAAUUCCUCUGUGAUUCUCAAUACUAUAAUUACUAAAGGUAUCCUCAGGUAUACUCCAACAUUUUAUACCAAAGAGUGAUUGAUGUGUGCCUUUACCUGUAACCUCCCUUUACACUAAGAAAAAAUGUCACCCAGAAUAUAAGACUGGAGAGCAAGUAAAUAAAUGAACCAAUUAGUCAUUAUAUGCCUUUCAAUAAAAUGGUUUCUGACCAGAGAGCAAAUUGAAGGGGAAACACUAAAUACCAGCUCAGGCAGUAGUAAACAGUUAAGUGGGCUAUGAGCAGACUAAAGAAAUAUUGAACAGAGUUAACAAAUAGGACAAUGAUCUGCAGGUAGAUACUGGACUGGAUAGAGCUUUGCUGACCCGUGAAUCAUUAGUAUACUUAAGGACAGUAUUUAUACUUUGUUAUAAAGGACUCUUCUAUUUGUACAUAGACUUUUACCUUUUUUUUAAUUAGCUGUUGGCUUCUGCUGAAGACCAGCUGAUUCUUGUUUCUAAAUGAGGAGGUUUGUAAAUAAUGGUGAAGCUGUCUCGGCAAAUUAGCUUUUGCACAAACUCCAAACGUUGUUCUUACUUUCCUUGGAGAUAUGCUGUAAUUGUAGUUCAGAAGAAAAUAAAUGCUAUAUGAAAAGCUGUCAUGGGAAAGGAUCAUAAUAAAGGCUGUUCUCAAGUCAUAACAUCCAGCUGACUAAAGUGGAUUAGAGAAAUUGUGCUGCACCUUGAGGCCUAUAAUGCUGUCACUAUAAGUGGAGUGUAGCUGCCAAAGUGCCUUGUAUGCUGUUUCAUUAUUAAGUUCAAUUGAAGAUUUAAUUAUUUUUCCAUUCCAUUUUGGUGAGACUCCUUUGUCCCAGUACAGGAAUUUAAACAUGAAGCACUUCCUUUUUAAGAACGGCUUUAAAUGUACUGAUACUGGUUAAUCGGUGUGUAUAAUUUGGCUAAUUUAACACAGUGGCUGGAACUUCUCAUAGAAUUGUUUUAAACCAUAUGUUCUAAGUGAAAUUAAAUGUCAAAGCAACUUUUCCAGUACACAAAGUCAAUAUUUAUGAAUUCCUCCCUUUCUUCACCACCCCCCCCCAAAUUUCCUCCCCAACCUGCCAACAGUAGUUUUAUUUAGAAACUUGGCCAAGAAUUUGCCAACCCACAAUUGAUUAAGGGAGAGAGCUUUUGUGCCACAAGUAGUAAGCAAUAUUGUAUCUAUGACAUACUAGUUGAGGGAUAAGUUAGUUAUUUAUCAUUCUAUUUAUAAAUGGACAUAUGUUAUGUGUGAGAAAACAUCUGUCCCUCCCCAGAGGAAAAAAAUCAAUUUUCUCAGCAGAGAAACUCCAGAGAAUUGGGUUGAUAUUUUAUGCCAUCACCUCAUUUAUAACAUUUAAACGAUCUGUUCAACUUGGCACCAUUUCCGAAUGGUUUGUUGCUGCUAUUUCCUGACAUAGUUUGCAUUUAAAUGUUUACAUAUUGUAAUAUAUUCUAUGACUGAUAGCUGGUAUCUAAUUAUUAGCUAUUACUGUUAUGAAAAGAAAAAAUGGUUGAAUUGGUCCUGAUCUAGAUUGAGGAUAGUUCUUAAGUGCAAAAUAAAUGCAUAUCUCUAGAGUUAAGUAGUUAACUCAGAUGCUGUGGAUAUUGUGGCUUUCAAAUUGAACUUAAAAAAAAGAGACAUGACAUUUUGGACUACAAUAUUAUUUGAGAAUGAUGGCGAAGAAAGCAUGUGUUGACUUUCCUACAAUUGUUUCAGACUGAAUUAACUUCUGAAAAUACAAAGUCUGAAAGUUGUCCAUGCAAUAUGAAUAUUAGAAAAUGUGGAUUUAUCACUGAUAUAAUAAAUCAAACUUGUUUCUUG